AUGCUCGCCAACACAUUUGUGCGCUCAUCGCGCCGUGUGGUGCCUGCAUCGCGAACAACACUUCGGCUUCGAGGCACGCGGCCUGCUUCGACAUUGGCCGAGAACCCGCACAUUUACGUACACAGAGAUCCAUUUGAUCCAAGCAAACAAUUGCUAUCACUUCUCCCCACGGAACCACCAACACCUCAACUCGCAAUCGGCACCUGCACGGCUCUGCCGCCCACACCGCGCAAUUUUACCGAAAACCCCCAGUUUCUGCCGAUACUGUACUCGGUGUUUGCGGCGCAUGCGGCGCAGGAUCCCUACGUUCAGUCGCAAGCAGCUGUUUACGCGUCGCCCGGUGGCUCCAAUCUGUCGCAGCCGAAUGAUGGUGCAGGCGGGGCAAAUCACCAGGGAGGUAUGGGGGGAGGGGGACACGGAGGGUGGAUACAUGUGAGCGAUUUGAGGAACCCGCCAGACUAUGGGCGCAUUGCUUGGCCCGAGGAUAUAUUUGGAAGUGUAGAGGUGGAUGCGCAUGGGAGGCUGAAUGGAGGUGAUGGGGCGUGGCAGAACAGCGGGACAUAUCGCAUUGUGACGAGGGAGGGAAUAUUGGGAUUGACCGAGUUUAUGCGAGGAAAGAUGGUGGAGAAGCUGCUGGAUCUCGAGAGACAGAUUAAGCAAAAUUCAUGACGACGGCGCGAGCGGAGUAUAUACCCAGGAGGAAAACGAGGAACGCAACAAGUCGACAUGAUUUCGUGUAAUGUAAAAAUGCACUCUAGCCCAUGGCCAGUCUAUGGGUAUCAAAACGAGGCUCUGCUCACAGACGAGUCCUCCAACCACCGUCGUUGGUGCUAUGUCAACACCCCCCAAUCUCAGCUCAACUCUCCCGCCUCGAGCUUUUCCAAGAAUGCCUUUCCGAAUCGCUGGGCCUGCUCGUAGGCAAUGGUGAAUCCAUCGUCGCCGCCAUAGUAUGGAUCGGCAAUCUCCUCGCCCAUCUCUCUGCCUCUGUACUUUCUCCUCUUGCCGCCAAACUCGCCAAACAGCAUGACCUGGCCAAUGCCGUCCUCGCCACCC